AUGUCUGUAUAUAAAGAUCAGAAGUUUGAUUCGCAAUAUUAUCAGGAUAAUAGACCAACAUAUCCUGAAUCUUUGUAUAAAGAAAUUUUUUCUUAUCAUAAGGGUGAAAGAGAAACUGCAGUCGACGUUGGCUGUGGUACAGGUAUCAGUACCUUUCCCUUAUUGAAGUACUUUGAUCAUGUUAUUGGGACUGACCCUUCAACUAAAAUGUUGGAGCCGGCCAAUGAUUUGAAAGAGGACUUUGAAAAAAAAAAUACUGAAAAAACUAUAAAAUUUUCGUGUUCUAAAGCCGAAACCUUGAGCUCUGUUAUUCCAGCAGACUCAGUUGAUUUGGUAACUUGUGCAGAAGCCAUUCAAUGGAUUGAUACAGAAAAGUUUAUUAAGGAGGCUUAUAAAGUUUUGAAAACUAAUGGUACAUUGGCUAUUUGGAAUUAUAUGUCACCAAGCUUUAUUGAUUAUCCAAAGGCAAAUGAAAUCUAUGAAAAAUUUGUUUUUGAUGACGAAAGAUAUUUAGGUCCAUGUUGGCCGCAACCCGGUAAAUCUACUUUCCAAAAUUUUUGCAAAGAUAUUAAAGUUCCAGCCGAUAUGUUUUCAGAUGUAAUUAGAGUUGAUUAUGUCCCAAUGAAAAAUAAUGAAAAAACCGCCUUUCAAAUUGCUAGAGACGACUAUACUAUAGCUGAUUUUAGAAAAAAUAUUUCUAGUUGGAGUAUCUGUCAUAUUUGGCAACAAAGGUAUGGAUCAGAAGGUAAAGACAUCGCUGAUAUUUUUGUCAAUGAGUUGAAAGAAGAAUUUGGCUGGACUGAUGAUACGAAGUUGAGAGUUGAAUGGGGGACAUUUUAUAUUUUAGCCAGAAAAUAA